AUGGCCCAGCCCAAUGCAGAGCCCGUCGAGGAAUAUGACUAUGAAUCGCUACCUCCCAACUUCUCCCUGCUGCAGAACAUGGCAGCUGGGGCUUUCGCAGGUAUAGCUGAACAUACUGUCAUGUAUCCCAUUGACGCUAUCAAGACCCGAAUGCAGGUCCUCAAUCCCAACCCCUCAGCUGUCUACAAGGGAGUCAUUCAGGGCACCUAUCGCAUAGCCAGCCGAGAGGGCGUUCUAAGCCUGUGGAGAGGCAUGUCGAGCGUUGUGGCCGGAGCUGGCCCUGCUCACGCUGUCUACUUUGCAACCUAUGAGGCCGUCAAGCAUGUCAUGGGCGGUAACCAGGCCGGCGUCCACCAUCCCCUUGCUGCUGCAACUAGUGGUGCCUGCGCUACCAUCGCUAGCGAUGCACUGAUGAACCCCUUCGAUGUCAUCAAGCAGCGUAUGCAGAUCCAAGGCUCAGCCAAGAUGUACCGAUCUAUGACUGAUUGCGCCAAAUACGUCUACAAAACUGAAGGGCUAGCGGCCUUCUAUGUUUCCUACCCAACUACGCUGUCAAUGACGGUGCCCUUCACUGCUCUUCAAUUCCUCGCCUAUGAAUCUAUUUCAACGGCCAUGAACCCCAGUAAGAAUUACGAUCCAACGACGCAUUGUUUGGCCGGCGCGGUUGCUGGUGGCUUCGCCGCUGCCCUGACCACACCUAUGGAUGUUAUCAAGACUAUGCUCCAGACUCGAGGAACUGCUACCGAUCCCGAGCUUAGGAACGUUAACGGCUUCAUGGCUGGGUGUCGUCUAUUGUAUGAGCGGGAGGGUUUCAGAGGAUUCUUCAAGGGUGUACGCCCUCGUGUGGUCACUACUAUGCCUAGCACGGCUAUUUGCUGGUCUGCGUACGAGGCCUCCAAGGCGUAUUUCAUCGCACGGAACGACUCACCUUGA